AGCAAUUGCGCAGUUAAAACAUAAAAAAUGAAAUUCUCUGCUAUUUUCGUUGUCGUUUCUGCUGUUUUGGUCGUUUUAAUUAGCGAUCAAGCACAAGCGGAGAAUUAUAAAGUCGUGUGUUACUUUACGAAUUGGUCAUGGUAUCGAAAAGACAAAGGAAAAUAUACACCAGAAGACAUCGAUCCAAAGUUAUGUACCCAUAUUGUAUACGCGUUCACUACUCUCGAUGCAAAUACAUUGACGAUGAAAGUAUUCGAUUCGUGGGCUGACAUUGACAACAAGUUAUAUCAAAAAGUAACCGAUUUCCGGAACAAAGGAGCAAAAGUUACGGUGGCUCUUGGUGGAUGGAAUGAUUCGGUUGGUUCAAAAUACGGUAAACUACUUACCGAUGCUGGUGCAAGAAAGAAAUUCAUUGCGGAUGCUGCCGAAUUCAUUAAGAAAUACAAUUUCCAAGGAUUGGACCUUGACUUAGAAUAUCCGGCCUGCUGGCAAGGAGCUUGUUCAUCUGCAGAUUCAAAUCAAAAAGUGGGCUUUGCCCAAUUGGUUCAAGAACUCUCAAAUGAUUUCAAGCCCCGUGGUUGGUUGUUGUCGGCAGCUGUAUCGGCAAGCAGUUCAAUCAUCGAUGCCGCCUAUGACGUUCCAAAAUUAGCCCAACAUUUAGAUUGGAUCGGUGUAAUGGCAUACGAUUUUCAUGGACAAUGGGAUCGUAAAACCGGCAUAAAUGCCCCUCUUCACAAUUAUCCUGGAAAUUCCAAUAAUUUCUAUGCUGAUUAUGCCAUUAAACAUUGGAUCCAACGCGGAGCGCCAUCGACAAAACUGGUUCUGGGUGUACCGUGCUAUGGGCAAUCAUUCACUUUGGCAAAUGCUGGAGAUCAUGGUUUGAAUGCGCCAUCAAAUGGUGGAGGCCAAGCCGGUGAAUUUACCCGAGCUGCUGGAAUGUUGUCAUAUUAUGAAAUUUGUGACAAUAUCAAAAAAGGAUGGACUGUUGUGAACAGCGCGGAAUAUGGCCCCUAUGCAUUCAAGGACAAUCAAUGGGUAUCAUACGACGAUGUCGAAACCAUAGGUGUCAAAUCAAAAUACAUUAAGGAUACAAAACUUGCAGGUGGCAUGAUCUGGUCGUUGGACUUCGACGAUUUCAAAGGAACUUGCGGUGCAGGCAAUUAUCCACUUUUGAAAGCAUUGAAUACAGGACUAGUGAUGGGCUCAGGAAGCAGCACCAAAGUCUUGAUUUCAAAAAUGAAUUACUAUGUGAUACCUGUCCUCGUUUCUGUCAUUUUGGCGGUUUUCGUUAGCGAUCAGGCGCAAGCACAAAAUUACAAAGUAGUGUGCUACUUUACAAAUUGGUCUUUCUAUCGCAAGGGAAAUGGCAAAUUUGUCCCAGAAGAUAUCGAUUCGAACUUGUGCACGCACGUUGUAUAUUCAUUUGCUGUUUUGGACGAGAAUUCAUUAACAAUCAAAAUAUUUGAUUCGAAGACCGACAUUGACAACCAUUUUUAUGAACGAGUGACCGACUUCCGACAAAAGGGCAUUACAGUGAUGGUUGCAAUCGGUGGAUGGACUGAUUCAACAUCAAAAUACGGGCGUCUUCUUACCGAUGCAAAUGCAAGGAAAAAUUUCAUCUCAAAUGUUGAAGAAUUCAUUGAGCAACACAAUUUCAAAGGAUUGGAUCUUGAUUUGGAAUACCCGGCCUGCUGGCAAGGAGCUUGCUCAACUGGAAAUCCAGCGGAGAAGGACGGUUUCGCGCAAUUCGUUCAAGAAUUAUCUGAAGCUUUCAAGCCGCGUGGCUGGCUACUAUCGGCUGCUGUAUCUGCAGGCAGUAGCACUAUUGAUGCCGCCUAUGACGUUCCAAAAUUGGCACAGCAUUUGGAUUGGAUUAAUUUGAUGGCUUAUGAUUUUCAUUCAUACUCGGAUCAGAAAACUGGUUCAAAUGCUCCACUCUACGAUUAUCCCGGUAAUUCAAAUAAUAUGUACGUUGAUUAUGCCGUUCAAUAUUGGAUUCAACUUGGUACUCCAUCGACAAAACUCAUUCUGGGUGCCCCGUGCUAUGGCAAAUCUUUCACUUUGGCAAAUGCUCAGGACAAUGGAAUGAAUGCGCCAACAACUGAUCCGGGCCAAGCUGGCCAAUUAACAGGUGCGGCCGGAACGUUGGCAUAUUAUGAAAUCUGUGAUAAUAUAAAAAAUCAGGGAUGGACGGCUGUGAGAAAUACCAGCAUUGGCGCAUAUGCUUUCCGUGAUAAUCAAUGGGUGUCUUUUGAUGAUGUCGAAACCAUGCGCUUCAAAUCGAAAUACGUUCGCGACUCGAAUCUCGGUGGAGCAAUGAUCUGGGCAUUAGAUUUGGACGAUUUCAAAGGAACUUGUGGUGAAGGCAAUUAUCCACUUUUAUCAGCAUUGAAUGAACGAUUGCGCAACUAGUUAAAUAGUCUAUUUCACUCCAAAAAGAUUUAAUUGAUUUGUAAUUUUUCUAACUAGACAGAUAGAUUUCUUGCA